AUGGGUGGAAACGAUCUGCGGGAAGCGCCCGAGAACUUCUUUGCGGCCCACCGGUUGCUCUCAGAGUAUGCGACGAGAGUCGGUCCUGGUUUUGGCAUUCGGUUUACAGUCCAAUUUAACUUGUUUGCUGGAACCGUCAUUGCCCUGGGCAACAGCCAGCAGGUGGCUUUGCUGAGCGAGUGGCAGGCGCAAGGCCAGCUGGGCUGCUUCUGCUUAACUGAGAAGCUUGCAGGUGUGAACAGUGGGCUGGUAGUGAACACCACGUGCACAUGGGAUGAGAGCAAGCAGAUGUUCCUGUUGGACUGCCCAAACGAUGGCGCCUACAAGAACUGGAUCUCCCAGGGCCUCUCUGCAGAUAUGGCGGUGGUGAUUGCGAACCUCAUUGUCAAAGGCAAGCCCAAAGGCCCUCACGGCUUCUUGAUGAAGAUCAGGCAGAAUGGGGAGUUGGUGUCUGGAGUUGUUGCGAAGGACAUGGGUGACAAGACCAUCGGAAACGACCUGGACAAUGCCGAGAUAGCUUUCAGCCAGGUUUGGUUGCCCAAAGAAUCACUCCUCGACAAGUAUGCCGGAAUCGAAGGCGGAGAAUAUGUCCAAAAGCAGAAGGGUGUGAGCAACAUGGACAUGAUCGGCCAACGACUCUACACCGGGAGGACCGUGAUCGCAGGGUCCACGCUGGUCUUUGCCCGGUCGCUGUACCAAUCUGCCAAGAACUAUGCGGACAACAAGAAGUGUUGGUCUCCGCAGGGCGGUGUGCCAUUGAGCUCAGUCCCUCAGCUUGCACAUCUGUAUGUGCAGACGGACCAGGACCGCCCACAGCCUCUACGGUACGGAUGCGUCGAAGCCGCCGAACGGGAACGGAACGGAGCCCGCCUGACCGCCACAGGAGCUCAAGCGGGUGGAGGUGCGGAUCCUACUGCUCCGUUCCAUGAGGGACCAGCUUCGGAAUGCGUCACUUUGCCCAAAGCGACAGCUUGGAGUUUGACCAAUGGAAUUGAUUGGCUCGGGCGUUUUCGUUCAAACCAAGCACAAAUAUGGGAGAUCAGAUGA